AAGGAGGGUGGGUCUAAUCUUCAACAACUUGAGUCCGGAGGCGGCCAUUUUGUACGCGGCGAAAGGAGUUGGACAUUGAUAAGUGGUGGUUAUAAACAAGGCCAAGCCAGAGUGGAAAGCUGCGACUUAUAAAGAAAACGAGGACUCGCCACCAUUCCCUAAUAUUUAAAAGAAUUACUGCACUUGGUUUGGAAGAAACAUGAGUUCGGUGGAUGUGAAAAAGCUGAAGGUUAACGAGCUAAGGGAGGAGUUGCAGCAACGAGGCUUGGAUACCCGCGGAUUGAAAGCCGAUUUAGCCGAACGUCUCCAGGCGGCCCUUGAUGCCGAGGCCUCAGGUGGGGGUGAAGCGGGAGGCCCGCCGGCAGGCCACGGAGGGGUUUAUCAAGGCGAGGACCAGGAUGACGACCGCGGCCUAGGAGAUGGUAUUCUCUGCGAAGAAGAAGAGGAAGAUUCAUCGGGUCAAGAUCAGCACUAUCAUGAAUUAGAAGAAAGUGUGAUGCAGGACCGCAAACCACCUUUAGACAACAUGCCACCUUCCCAUCCAGAAGUGAAAGUGGAGGUGAAGGAAGAAUCUGGGCCAUUUGAAGUCACAAGUGCUCCUUUAGAUGGUGUUCAUCUCAAGCAGGAAAAGCCUCAAAUAUACUCCAACCAGCUCAGUCGCAAAAGGCCAUAUGAUGAUGGUCGUGGUCGUGGUUACUAUGAGCACAGGGAGGAUAAAAGGUCUAGAUCUCCCCAACCUCCUGCCGAAGAUGAUGAAGAAGAUUUUGAUGACACCCUGGUUGCUAUUGAUACAUAUAAUUGUGACCUGCACUUUAAAGUGUCCCGUGAUCGAUACAGUGGCUACCCGCUUACAAUUGAAGGGUUUGCAUACCUCUGGUCUGGAGCACGUGUGUCCUAUGGUGUCAACAAGGGCAGAGUUUGCUUUGAACUUAAGAUCAAUGAAGAGAUCUCUGUCAAGCACCUUCCAGCCAGUGAACCAGAUCCACAUGUAGUGAGAGUUGGUUGGUCACUGGAUUCUUGUAGCACCCAGCUUGGUGAAGAAGAAUUUUCUUAUGGUUAUGGAGGUACUGGCAAAAAAUCUCAUAACUGCAAGUUUGAGGAUUAUGGCGAGAGAUUCAGAGAGAAUGAUGUUAUCGGUUGUUUUAUUGAUUUUGAAUCUGCUGGCGAUGUUCAAAUUGCCUUUACGAAGAAUGGAAAGUGGCUUGGUGUUGCUUACAGGAUUCGAAAGGAUGUACUUGGAGGUCGUGCACUCUUCCCUCAUGUGUUGGUCAAGAACUGUGCCAUUGAAUUUAAUUUUGGGCAAAAAGAAGAACCAUACUUUUUACUGCCAGAAGACUACACCCUGAUCCAGCAUGUCCCAUUACAAGAUCGCAUCAGAGGUGCUAACAGCCCCACUGGAAAGUCUGAGUGUGAGAUCCUGAUGAUGGUUGGAUUGCCUGGAGCAGGCAAGACCACCUGGGCUAUGAAGUAUUCUGUUGAACACCCUGAGAAGAAAUAUAACAUCUUGGGUACAAAUUCCAUAAUGGAUAAAAUGAAGGUGAUGGGCCUCCGAAGACAGCGUAAUUAUGCAGGGCGAUGGGAUGUGUUAAUCCAGCAGGCUACACAGUGCCUCAAUCGGCUUAUCCAGAUUGCAGCCCGCAAGAAACGCAACUAUAUUCUGGACCAGACAAAUGUUUAUGGAUCAGCCCAGAGACGAAAAAUGCGUCCUUUUGAAGGUUUUCAACGCAAGGCUAUUGUAAUUUGUCCCACGGAUGAGGAUUUAAAAGAGAGAACAUUAAAGCGCACUGAUGAGGAGGGAAAGGAUGUACCUGAUCAUGCUGUAUUAGAAAUGAAAGCAAACUUUUCACUCCCAGAACCUGGAGACUUUCUAGAUGACGUGGUCUACAUAGAGUUGCAGAAAGAUGAAGCUGAGAAGCUUGUGAAGCAGUACAAUGAGGAAGGGAAAAAAGCUGGACCUCCCCCAGAAAAACGCUUUGACAACCGGCCAGGCGGGUUCAGAGGCCGUGGUGGUGGAUUUCAACGCUAUGAUAAUAGAGGAGGUUCUCAAGGUGGUCACAGGGGAUACCAGACUAGAGGAGGAGGUGGAGGUUCUGGUGGUGGCUUCAGAGGAGGUUAUAAUCGUGGAGGAUACAACCAGAACCGCUGGGGUAGUGGAGGAAACCGUGAUGGAAGUUCUGGAGGUCGUGGUGGCUACAGUAGGAACCAACAACAAAGUAGUGGGGUUACAACCAGCACUAACAGUGUCUACAACCAAAAUCGUCCUGCACCUUACAAUAAAACUGGAAGUGCAGGUAGCACUGUGGCCUCAACUGGAUAUAGCCAAUCUCAGCCACAGACAUACAGUCAGGGAUAUAAUCAAAGCAGUUACAAUCCAAGCAGCUACAACCAGAGCUACAACUACAGCAGCUACAGCAGCUACCCAGGGUACAGCCAGAGCUACACUCAGCCUGCUGCAACCAGUCAGAACUAUAGCCAGCAGCAACAGAACUACAACCAACAAUACCAGCAGUAUGCACAGCAGUGGAGCCAGUAUUACCAGAAUCAAAGCCAAUGGAACCAGUACUAUAGCAAUUACCCUAAUUACGGCAACUAUUCAGGCAGCACUCAAGGCUCGGGCACCCAAUAAAGUCUAUCUCAAAGCUGACACUUUUCACUAAAACAAGUUGCAGAGUGGAAACACUGGUUGUCCCUCAAGCUUCCUUCUGUGUAUCACAGCCUGUAUCUGAAUAGGGAAUGAUAUUGUAUUAAAAUCCCAACCCCACCCCUUUCCAAUGUUAAACCCACACUUUUAAGUUUACUUUCUUGACAUGUUUUUCCUUGGUGUUAAUAUCUGCCAAAAACAUUUAAUUUCUUAUACUGAAGAAUGUUAUUGUGGUCAAUAAAUUGGGGAAAGGCUUUAAUUCACUUCUGCUUAUUUAGAUUUUGGAAUUUUCCAUUCUUUUUGUCUAAGGCUUCAGUUUAAUUUUUAACCAAUCAAGGAUAUGCAUUUUUCAUGUUACUGCUGCUUUUAAAGUGGGUGAAACUCCUUUGUGCUCUAAAAGAGAAAAUUAUUAUAAUAAUUUCAAGUCCAUAGUCUUCAAUGCUUUUUAUAAUACAAUUACAGUUGUGUUAGAUUUGUACAAAAAAUGUUAAGCUCCUACUUCUCGCAGUUUUGUGUAACUUGGCUUUUUCUUUCCUUUUGGCAAAGUUCUUUUUAUUAUGUCUGAAGUAACAAUAAAAACCAAUGCAAGGCAGUUUUACCAUAAACAUUUUUUAGUUUUAAGGUUUUAUGUACUUUUUUUAAGCUGUUAAUAUUUUUGUCAGAAGCACUGACAAUGUUCAGCAGAACCCGAGGUCAGUAAUGUGUGUUAACUUUUUAUACAAGGUCUGUGUUUCCUGUAACUGCACGUGCUUCUGUGUUGAGUUGGUUGGAAAUCUUUUGUAUUUGAAAUAUAAUCAAAAAACUCAGUAAA